UAAACCGGUAAGCCAGACUUAGUACACAAUUCGUAUAUUUUAUGUAUAUUAAUAUAAAACGCACAGUUUAUAGUACGUCCUAUUUCUUAUGCUCUGUGGUGCGAAACGACAAUUUUUUACUAACGAUCAAUUGAGUAUAAACGAAUAUAAUAUUUACAAUUAAGUGAUAUUAAUCAUACCCUUUUGUCAAAGAAAUGUGCGCGUAUAUUGUUCGGUGUUGACAUUUUUCUAUUAAUUUAUUUGCUACGGAAUCUUCAUUUUUUUGUUACGCUAAUCCACAAUGACAUUACUGGAGUUUACUGGUUGUGCGCUGACAGCAUUUGGUCCGGCAUUGUCAAUGUUCAUUGUGACCAUCAUGAAUGAUCCUGUACGUGUCAUCAUAUUGAUAGCCAGCUCAUUUUUCUGGCUGCUCAGUCUACUAUUUUCAUCGAUAGUGUGGUUCGUCUUCCCCAGCAAGCAGCAGGUUUGGUUUGGAGUGCUCGUAUCCGUAUUGGUACAAGAACUCUUCCGUUACUUUUUAUAUCUGCUGUUGCGCAAAGCGGAACGUGGACUCAAACGGUUUGUGGUACACUCAUUGGUAUCCAACAACAAACACAUGUUAUCAUAUGUUUCCGGUUUGGGAUUUGGCGUCAUGAGCGGCCUGUUCUCUUUGAUCAACAUACUUGCUGAAGUCGGAGGACCAGGAACAAUGGGCCUCCGUGGUGGAUACAGUGCAUUUUGUAUUGUAUCUUCAAUUUUUACUGCAUUCACCAUACUGCUACAUAUAUUUUGGGAAAUAAUAUUUUUCCAUGGAUUGAACACAGACAAUAAAAACUUAAUUUUAUAUGUCGUUAUUUCACACUUAGUUGUAUCAGAAGUAACACUGCUCAAUCAAUAUUAUUAUAAUACACUUGCACUAUCUAUAGUUUUUAUAAUAACGGUGGGUUCAGGAUGUUAUGCUUUCAAAACUGCAGGUGGACAAUUGCCUAUCAUUGACAAACUUAAAAAUCAAAAUACAACAGCAACUGAAAGUUAAUAAAUGUAUUUCUUUUUUAUAAUUAUAUUUAUAUAAUUUUUUUUUUAUUUCUAUAUUAUUAUACAUGUGUAUCAU